AUGGCUAGCAACAAUGACUGGUUUCGAAGUUCCAGAGUACCCAGUUUUGCUCAGAUGCUAAAAAAGAACUUGCCCACUGAACCGCCUCCUCAAGUCCCUCCUCAGCCAUCUCCACACCCUGUGAAUAUGGGCCUGAUGUUUUCACCUUCUGAAAAUUACAACAUGCCAAAUUCAGCACAUAAGGUGACACAAAUCACAGGUCAUGUUUCAGACUUGCUAUGUUCCAAAGCAGCCCAUCCACCUCCAAUCACUUCACUUCUUCCAAAGAAAAUACCAAAGGAGUUUAUACUAAAAUAUAAACGUGGGGAGAUAAACCCAGUAUCUGCCUUGCAUCAAUUUGCACAAAUGCAGCGUGUGCAACUAGAUUUGAAGGAAACUGUUACAACAGGCAACGUCUUGGGGGCUUACUUUGCUUUUUGUGCAGUGGUGGAUGGAGUUCAAUAUAAGAUAGGAUUGGGGCAAAAUAAAAAGGAGUCUAAAUCAAAUGCAGCAAAACUGGCUCUUGAUGAGCUACUCCAGUUGGACGAUACAGCACCAAAGGUUUUUGAAAGUUCAGGUCCUCCCCGGAUUCCUGCAGAACCCAUAGUUUCAGCUGAAUCAACAUACAUUUCAAAGAUGCCUUAUGAGAGAAGGCAUCUUGUGUAUGAAAAAUUUUCACGAGCUGUCAGGGAAACAUUUAACAGGCUGACUGCCAAAUAUCCUGAGUACCAGAGUUGUAGCAAUUCAUUGGCUGCUUUUAUAAUUGAAAAAGCUGGACAGUAUGAAGUUGUAGCUCUUGGCACAGGAGAAUUCAAUUACAGUCAGUGCAUUCAUCAUGAUGGGAGAGUGUUGCAUGACACUCAUGCUGCUGUUACUGCAAGACGCUCUCUGCUUAGGUAUUUUUACAGGCAGCUUUUGUUAUUCUACAGUAAAAAUCCUAUUAUGAUGGACAAAUCCAUAUUUUGUAUGGAACCAGCAUCAAGCCUACUCAGUUUAAAACAAAAUAUAAAUAUUUUUCUCUACAUGAAUCAGUUGCCAAAAGGAUCUGCUCAGAUAAAGUCACAAUUACGUCUCAAUCCAAAAUCUAUAUCUGCAUUUGAAGCUAAUGAAGAGCUUAGUCUCCAUCUUGCUGUGGAAGGCAAGAUUUACCUAACUGUUUAUUGUCCCACUGAAGCUGCUAACAGAGUAAACAGCAUGUCAGCUAGUGACAAAUUAACCAGAUGGGAAGUGCUGGGUGUCCAGGGAGCAUUGCUAAGUCACUUCAUUCAGCCAGUUUACAUCAGCAGUAUACUUGUUGGGGAUGGAAACUGCAGUGAUACAAGAGGACUAGAAAUAGCUAUAAAACAACGUGUUGAUGAUGCGCUCACAUCAAAGCUUCCCAUGUUUUACCUGGUCAACAGACCUCAUAUUAGUUUGGUGACUGCUACACAUCCAGUUCAGAUAGACUUGGAGCACAGAUCUCUUAGUGUGAAUUGGUCACAAGGGGACACUUCAUUGGAAGUUGUGGAUGGUUUCAAUGGGAAAAUCACUGAAAGUUCACCAUUCAAAAGUGGCACUUCAAUGGCAAGCCGUCUUUGCAAGGCUGCAAUGUUAAAUCGUUUCAAACUGGUUUCUAAGGAAGCGAAAAGAAGCGAUUUGCUUGAAGCUAGUACAUAUCAUGAAGCAAAGAUUAAGUCAGCACUCUACCAGGAAGCUAAACAUUUGCUGAAAAGCUACCUAGAGCAGUAUGGCUAUGGAUCAUGGAUUGUGAAGUCUCCGCAUAUUGAACAGUUCAGCAUGUAA